AUGUCUCCAGCCUUGAAGCGGCCCCACGCAAUCCAGUACACUGGUGCCGGUUUCUUCUCGCAGAAGGGGGGCCAUUUGGGUGGAAGACAUCAAAGAGUCAUCGGCCUGAUUUGGCAAUCGCCUGGACUCGUGAGCCCUGGGAGGCCCCUUGCGCUACGUACCUACGCAAUUCGGUACCCCUGGGACGCAGCCCCAAAUUUCCCCGUGUUUUUGGUGGUCGUGUGCGUUCAGGCGUUCCAAGGCGUUGUCAAGUUGACGUUCCAGCGCAGCUUUUAG